GACCAAUCUGUAUUAUUACCUAGUUUAAUCUGCCACCUUCGAUGGUACCAUUGCCCUCAAUUCUCGGGAAAAAGAGUCCAGCUGAAGCUUGCACUCAUUUCCCAUCACUACAGCAUCGAGAAGUGCCCCCUCCACAAAGAGACCCCAUUUCAGCUCAGCACCAACACUGUGCCUCUUCAUCCCACAGACUCCUGUCCCAGAAGAAACAAAGCCACCAAGGCCAGCAGAGCUUAACAAGGUUCUCUUCCCAGGUAUAUUUGCUCAGGAAACUGAUCUUAUGUGAGGUUUUCAGCUGUGGUUGUGGUGUGGGUUGCUGGUGUUCUCAAUGUGGAAGAACUGCUCCUGCAAUUUCUACAUUUUUUGUCUCAUAGUUCUUGUUGCAGUUGUCUGGGCUGAAAAUAAAGGAAAUCCUGCAAAUGAGAUUGUCGACUUCGUAAACAAGAAUCGAACAGCAACCAAGUUACCGAAACUCUACAACAGUCCAGGACUGGGAUGCAUGGCCUUGCAAUUCUUGCUGGAAUGCACUCAAAACUGCACUAGCAACAAUACGCUUGCCUGCCAGCCUGCAGAAAUUGACAUCACCGAGGUCUAUGCUCCCAACUGUGGGGUAGAGCUACCUACCAUCGACACUAUAUCUGGCCAGCUUGUUGGAUGCUACUGGAGCCAUCUAAAUCCAGAACAAGCCUUCUCCACAGUUCUUGUCCCAACCAAGAAAUCACUCUCUGUUAUUCACAGCAAAGAACAUCAUGAGGUUGGAGUAGGAUAUGUCAGAGGACACCAUGGGCCAUUUCUAUGGUGCAUCUUGUUCAGCAGCGGGAACGCCACCAGCUCCACAUUUGUUCUUGAAGGUGGAACAGGAAUCAAGCAAAGAAGAGGUUGCUUCAGUGGAGGAGAUGUGCCAUGUAAUGUCGGCACCAGCCUUUUGCCGGCACACAACACAUUACUUUCCUCCAUAUGCUGCUUACUUGUGCAACUAGUUUUAGUGUUUGGUUGAGUUUCUUGGCAGCUACUUUUUGAGAGGCAACUCCAUGAAUUCCCAGGCAGAUCUUGGCUGUCUAUUUAUCUUCUUCUGUACUAUCCUUGUGCUAAAUUGCAAUGAGGAAACACAGGUUGAACACUGAGGUGGGCAAUUUUCUUUCCAAAAAUCAUCUGCUUAAGGUGAUGAGUUGUGGAAUUUUACAUCUUCUGAUGCUUCUAAUUUUCA